AUGGCCGCCGCGUCUGGCCACCCGGCCUCCUUCCCGUCCCUACGGAACCGCGCCGGCGAGAGCCAGAGCCCCUAUGUCCGCCAGCAUGCCGAUACUCCCGUGCUCUGGCAGUUGCUCGAUACCGCCACCCUCGCUCGGGCCACGGGCGAGAACAAGCCCGUCUUUAUGCACAUUGGCUUUCAGGCCGAUCAUUACUGCCGUCUUACCACCCAGGACUCUUUCUCCAACCCUACUGUGGCCGCGUUCCUCAACGAUGCCUUCAUCCCUAUUCUUGUCGACCGUGAAGAGCGUCCCGAUCUCGACACAAUCUACCAGAACUACAGCGAGGCCGUCAACGCUACCGGAGGCUGGCCCCUCAACCUGUUCCUGACCCCCGACCUCUACCCCAUCUUUGGCGGCACCUACUGGCCCGGCCCGGGCACCGAGCACAGUCUUGCCGGCGACAGUCUACCCGGAGACGGUGGCGGCGACGAGACGUAUAAUGACUUUCUCGCCGUCUCGCGCAAGAUCCACACCUUCUGGGUGGAGCAAGAGGAACGGUGCCGCCGCGAGGCCUUUGAGAUGUUGUCCAAGCUCCAGGACUUUGCCCAGGAGGGCACGUUUGCGGCCGCCCUGACAUCCGUCUCCUCCAUCCGGCGGCCCAUCAGGUUGACGGUGACCGGGCUGGCAGACCAGCAGGACGGCCUGGCUGAGAACGCGGACCUCGAUCUUGACCAGCUCGACGAGGCCCUGGACCGCAUAUCCAAGAUGUUCGACCCCGUCGACCUCGGCUUCGGCACGCCCAAGUUCCCCAACCCGGCGCGCCUGUCGUUCCUGCUGCGCCUCGCCCGCUUUCCCGGCGAGGUGCGCGACGUCGUCGGCGACGCCGAGGUCACCAACGCGACGUACAUGGCAAUCGGCACCCUGCGCCGUAUCCGCGACGGCGGCCUGCGCGACCACCUUGGCGCUGGCUUUAUGCGAUUCAGCGUCACGAGAGGCUGGAGCAUGCCGCACUUUGAGAAGAUGGUCGGCGAGAACGCCCUGCUGCUGAGCGUCUUUCUCGACGCCUGGCUCGGCCAGCACCACGAUGCCGGGAGCAAGGUCCUGUCAAAGGACGACGAGUUUGCCGACAUCGUCUUCGAGCUGGCCGAUUACCUUACCAGCCCCCUGAUAAGCCAGUCUGCCGGCGGCGGUUUCGUCACGAGCGAAGCGGCGGACUCCUUCUACCGCCGCGGCGACGGCCACAUGCGCGAGGGUGCCUACUAUCUCUGGACGCGGCGAGAGUUUGACAACGUUGUUACCCAGGGCUCGAGCGACGAGCAGCUCGCUAGCUUGGUGGCUGCGGCAUACUGGGACGUUCAGGAGGACGGGAAUGUGCCCCGCGACCAGGACCUGUUCGACGAGUUCAUCAACCAGAAUGUGCUCUCGACCGACAAGGACGUGGGCGAACUGUCCCGGCAGUUCGGUAUCCCCGUCUCGGAAGUCAAGCGCAUCGUCGCUGCGGCCCGGGAGCGGCUGCGCGCUCAUCGCGAGAAGGAGCGGGUCCGCCCUGCCCGCGACGAGAAGGUGGUCGUCUGCACCAACGGCAUGGUGAUCUCGGCCCUAGCCCGCACUGCCGCGGCGGUCAAGUCCGUCGACCCCGAGAAGGCAUCGUCAUAUCUCCAGGCCGCGAGAGAGGCUGCCGCGUUUAUCAGAGACAACUUGCUGCUUGGCACGGGCGACGAGAAGCUGCUCCGUCGCUUCUUCUUUGAGGAGCCGAGCCACACCCUCGCGUUCGCAGACGACUAUGCCUUUUUGAUCGAGGGGCUGUUGGACUUGUACGAGGCGACGCUCGAGAAGGAGUGGCUGGCAUGUGCGAAGGAGCUGCAAGACACUCAGACUCGGCUCUUUUACGACUCUCCCGAGUAUACGCCAGACCUGGCGUCGCCUCCCCGUCACUCGGGGUCCGGCGGUUUCUACUCUACCGAGGCCGAGACGCAGAGACACACGAUCCUCCGGCUCAAGAGCGGCAUGGACAAGUCGCAACCGUCAACCAACGCCGUUGCCGCGUCUAACCUGUUCAGACUCGGCGCGCUCGUCGACGAGAGUUCCUACAUCUUGCUAGCCAAGGAGACAAUCAACGCGUUCGAGGCCGAAGUCUUGCAGUACCCGUGGCUGUUUGUCAGUCUCUUGACGGGCGUGGUGGCGGCCCGUCUCGGUGUAAAGAAGGUCCACGUCACGAUUGGCGGCGGCGGUAAUAACGACAGCCGUCUUGUCGACUACUAUACGUCCCCGCGUGGCGAGACACGAGCACUUGUUGUGAGCUCGGCCGGAGCUGAGGCGGAAGCUGGGGUCAAGAGCGAAGAGGUCGAGGCCCAGGUGGCAGAGGCCAGCUCGGAACUGCAGGAGCUGAAGCUGGUGUCGGAAGAGGGCAGUCCUAAAGACACGGGUGCCGGAGAAAAGGCUGCUACCGAGCACGCUAGUGAGCCCGCUGCCGGAGAUCCGGCUGGAGUGUCCGCUCCGGAAGUAGUAGAGAAGCCGGUGGAAGUACAAAAGCUAGAUGUCGAGUAG